CAACCAUCACAAACCCAGUUGAAAUUCCAAAUGUAUGGACUGUGUCUUCUGGUACGAUAGUUCUAGAGUGCUACUUUGGUCCGGUUGCUUAUUGCGGUCAGGUCAUUUUAAAUGGUGGAACUGAACAAUGGUCAAGACAAGGUAUUUACGCAUUGUAUGGUUCACUCCUCAAUGGAAGACCUGUCUAUAUCCACGAAAGUGGAGACAACUUCCUGUUUCACGUUGUCGUCGACCAGUCAUUGAGGUUCUGGUACAUUUCUACGGAUAUAGGUAAUUCCGAUAUAGGUGCAAUACGUGUUGAGGAUUCGGCACUUUCUGCUGAAAGGAUAACAGGAACAUGGGAAGCGUAUUCUAUACAGGAUGACUGGGUACUGGAACCAGGAAUGUCAACAUCUUGUAAAGCAAGUGAAUCAUGUCGAAAGCUCCAAUUAUCUGGGAUAGGGGAUUCUGCACUAAAUGGUCUCUAUGAGAAUAAUGACCAAGAGGUU